AUGUACCAUUAUUUGUUAUUCUUUCUAUCAUUUCUCAUAGUAGAAAUUAUAUCAUCUCAACAAAAGUAUUCCUUACAUACUUUAAAACCAGAAACUCAAAAACAAGUAGACUUUUUAAAACAUUUAGAAGUCAAUGGAACUAAUGGACUUUUAGAUACAAAACUUGACUUUUGGCAAGAACCAACAUCACCAGGAAGGAUUGUUCAAGUUAUGAUUAAAGAAAUGGAUAUAGAAAAAUUUACAAAAAUGAUGGAUAUUUGGAAAAUUUCACAUAAUGUUACAAUUUCAGAUGUUGAAAAAAUUAUCAAAAAACGUGCUACUGAGGCAAAAGAACGUGCUUUAUUUGAAAAAUCUUUUAAAGAUACAUCACUUAGAAGGCAAUCAUCAUCUAGGCGUCGUGUUAAUCUCAGUCAUACACAAUACCAUUCAUUUGGUUCUAUAAUAAAUUACUUAAAUACAUUAGCUAUAACAUUUCCAGAUAGAGUACAAGUUCAACCAAUUGGAACAACACAUGAAGGUAGACAAAUACCAUUAAUAAAAAUAGGAACAGAACAAAAAGGAAAUAAACCAGCUAUUUGGAUUGAUGGUGGAAUUCAUGCUAGAGAAUGGGUAUCACCAUCUGUUGUUUUAUAUUUUAUUGAUCAAUUAGUUAAUGAAUAUGAAAGAAAAUCAUAUAUAAGAAAUUUAGUUGACUCAAUUGACUGGUAUAUUGUUCCUCUUCUUAAUCCUGAUGGAUAUGAACAUUCAAGAAGUAGUACUGAUCCCGAAACUCGAUUAUGGAGAAAAAAUAAAAGUCCACAAUCUUGUAUUACUGUUAAUUCAGGAUUUUUUGCACCACCAAAAACACAAUGUUGCCAGGGUGUUGAUCUCAAUAGAAAUUAUGAUUGGUUCUUUGGUCAAUAUGGUUCAUCAACAGAUCCAUGUUCAGAAAUAUUUCAAGGUAAACAUGCAUUUUCUGAACCUGAAACAAGAGCUGUUAGAGAUUUUGUAUAUAAAUUAAAUGGACAAAUUAAAACAUUUUUAACAUUUCAUAGUUAUUCACAAAUAUUAAUGUUUCCAUUUGGUCAUCAACAACGAACUUAUCCAAGUGAUGUUGAUGAUUUACGUAGUACUGCUAAUAGAGCAGCUGAUGCUUUAAGAAGAGUUUAUGGUACAAAAUAUGUUGUUGGUACUGGUGCUGAUACAUUAUAUCCUGCAUCAGGUGGAUCAGAAGAUUGGGCUAAAGGUAAAAUGGGUAUUAAAUAUGCUUAUUUAUUUGAACUUAGACCAGAAGAGAGUGUUUAUGAUGGAUUUUUAUUAAGAGAAGAUCAGAUUCUUCCAACGGCACGUGAAACAUGGGAAGCUGUCAAAGUAAUAGCAACCCAAACAUUAGUGUCUUUUCCAGCUGGUGAUUAUUCCUCACAAAUUAUACAAUCAAAUAAAAAUAAUAUUGCAUCUUUUACCAGGAAUGAUGAUAUUACUUCUCAAUCAACGUGUCGUGAUUUAGAUGCCCUAUGUAAAUAUUGGGCAAAUAAUGGUGCUUGCCCAAAUUGGCCAAUUAUCUUUGUACCAAAGAAUCAUUUUGGUGAAAUACUACUUAGCUUCUAUUUGAUAACUUUCAAACAAAAGGUUGUAAUAAAAGAAAUUUUGUUUUAG